CCCAGUCGAGCGCCGCGGCAGCCGGUUAGUCUUGUUGUCGCGUCCGAUCAAUCGUGUGUGCGUGUGUUUGUAAUAAUCGCUCCGUUUGUGUGUGAUAAUUUAUUUUUGUUUUUAUUUUUUCCUUUAAACCGUUUUGUUUCAAAAAAAAAAAACAAAAAAGUAUCAUAGUUCUGCACGCACGCAUAGGUACAAAGUAAAUAUUAUUAUACCUAAAUACCCAAUACUUACACAAUCGAGUGCGGUGUGUGACGGUUUUUUUUUUACAACAAGUUUCGUUGACGACCGGUCGAGAAGUUUUGGUAAACGUUGCAGGUCGUCGUCGUUACCUUCACCGGUGGUACAUAUGAUGGCGGGCGUAAACAGCGUAAGUACUUAUGACGAUAACGAACCGGACAGUUUGAGUGAUUCGCCCGAGCGCACUAACAAAGCUGACGAUGAUUCGGACGACAAAGACAGCGGCGACGACGGUUCGUUGCAGGGCGACAUCGACACCGAGCUGUCGAGACGUUUGCACCAGAGCGAAACGUUGUUGGCCGCAGAGUCCGUCCACGGUGCCACGCUCGACGCUGCGGAGGACGGCCAUUUCGCGGACCUCGAACAGUUGAGCAACAGCAACAGCGGGUACCAAAUGCAAAGAGACUCUACCGAGCUGUUGCUGUUGUCGGAGAAACACCACGCCGGAGAGACCGGCAGCGACAGGGGAUCGGGCUCGGAGGCGGCGGCGCCGGUGGACAAGUCCGACCUGGACAACGACGGACCGUUGUCGGACAACACGAGCAGCGGUUUCGAGGACGGUCCGACCGGUGGGUUGGUGGCCGUCGACGGCAGCGAUGCCGAUCGACCGUGUACAGAACCGUCGCUGGAACAACCGCCCCGUGUGUUCACCAGGCCCGUCCCUGCCGACGAAACGGACAACGUAACCGAACUGGUGUUCGACACGUGGACCACCGUUGACGAGCCGACGACACAACUCCAUGAUCAAAAAGAUCCUGCUGAUUUACAACAAGAGUCUGCCGAGCUGCUGGACAUCAGCGCCGCUGCUGCUUCCGAUAACCAAGAGUGUUUUGAAAUUAACGCGCCAGCCAUAACUAACAGUGUUGUUGCCGAAGUAGUGUCGGAGAGGACUACGGAACAGCGCAAGACCGUGAAGAAAAAGUCUUCUACCGUCAACGGCGAGUCGGCCGCGACCGCGGUGGUCAAGUCGAAAAAAACGAAAAAAUCGAAAAAGUCCGACGAGAAAGAAAACAUAUCAGUCCACGUGAACGGUCAUGCCGAGACCGAUAAUAAUCGCGUGGCGGUGCUCCAGAAAAGCACGGGACAACUUUGCGACGAGUGUAAAGUCGAAGAGGACGACCUGUCCAACGUUUGCGUCCGAGAUCUCAAAAAAACCUACUGCGACGAAGCUAACCGAAAAUCGUCUACCGUUAUACCAGAAGAACCCGUGCCCGCUUCCGUUCCCAUCGACGAACUGAAGCGGAAUUUCGUGGGUGCCAUCGACAGACAACCGUCGGAAAGCGCAUUGACUAACGGUUGCUCGAAAUCAAGUUUUGGCAAAUUCGAUCAGUUGGAAAAAAAAGCCAUCCUUCAACAGAGGUCUUUGGAUUCCGACAAGAGCGACGUCAAACAGAAUGGUGUGGCGCGUCCGGAAGUCAAUUCCGUGUGCAAGUCGUGUGAUAAAACCGUAUACGCCAUGGAGCAAAUCAAAGCGGAACGUCAAGUUUGGCAUAAAAACUGUUUCCGGUGCACCACGUGCAAUAAACAACUGACACUCGACAUUUAUAGCAGUCACGAAGGUCUGUUGUACUGUAAACCGCAUUUCAAGGAACUCUUCCAGCCCAAAGCUGUGGUCGAAGAAGACGAGCCAAUCAAACGCAAGAAACCGGAAUUGAUUAUACGCGAAAAUCAGCCCACAGAAUUGCCACCAGACGUGGUCAGAGCCAGCGACAAACCGGAUUUGGGCUUGGAAGAACUGAGUUCGUUGAACGUCAAGUCGCGUUACCAAGCUUUCGAAAACGCUUCGGUCAACGGCAACGGACCCGUUGAAAAGUCGCCGGUCAGCGUCAAGCGGUCGCCGAGUAUUCUGAGCAAAAUGGCCAAGUUCAAGUCCAAAGGUAUGGACGUCGGCGUGCCCAACGAAGCGUUGAACGGAGCUUUCUUCGAACCGUCUUCCAGCAGCGACGGCGAGAACGACGAAGACGACGACGGCGGCGAAGUGACCAAGAACUGUAUCUCCAAAGAGAAGCCGAUGAGCUUCGACAAAAUGGAGUCAGUCAAACGCAACUGGGAAAUGCGCCGCGAAGAAAUGAAAGAGGAACACAAACAGGAAAUACAAAAUAUAAGAUCGAAAUUGUUUUUGGGCAAACAAGGCAAGAUGAAACAGAUGUACGAACAAGCGGUGGCCGAGAGCGAACGCACCGGAGUCAAGCGCGACGUGAACAUCAACAAAUCGGAAAAAGCCAAAGUCAUCAAGGAGAAGUUCGAAAGGGGCGAGACUCUGAACGACGACAACGAAAACGGAGAACCGGACGAGGCCAACAAAACGACAAAUCAAGACGAAGACGAAAUGAGUGUUUUCGAGGCCGGUAUUUCCAAGAAAUCCAGAAGCCAUUUUAUGGAAUUGGACGCCAACGCGGCAAAGACUUUGCAAUCGCCGCCCAUUUCCGUGGCCAAAAAAGAAUUCACUCCUAGCAAACCGAUAACGCCAAUGUACAAUCGGCAAGUAUCCGAAGAUGUGGUCAAAAGCAGUGACCGCAUUGAGGACGUUACCGUAGAAACGGCCGAUGUUUGUUCAAAGUUUAAAUUCUUUGAAACCUAUAAGCCGCCUCCGGCUCCUAAGAGACAAUUCAGGAUCACACCGCCGCGAGAAGGCCAAACUAAGGGAGAAUCUCCGGAACGUGACAUCUACCGUGAUCCCAACGUGGUGAGGAGCGAAGAUCCGGUAGACGAGACGGCUGAGCUGGUCAAGAGUAACACAACGUCGAAAAUGUUGUCGCUGUUCCGGCAAAUGGAAGUCGCCAAGCAGGACGUGCCAGAGGGUCCGAAACCGAUGAAACGCUUUACGCCUCCGCCGGAUUACAAGGAAUCUUCAGGAACCGAGUCUGAGUCCGACGACGAAGUCAGCGACAGCGAGGAAGAAGAAUCUACCGGUAGCGAGGCAAACGGCGACGUAGUAAAAUCAUCGAUGAAAGUAGAAGACGAGUUUUUGAAAAAUGCUCAAAACGCUGUGAAGGCGAAAUCGUUAAAAGAAAAGUUCGAGCAUUGGGAACCCGAGAAACACUCCAUAAACAAUGCCGUAACCAUGUUGGACUCGGAACAAGAAAGUAUUGAAUCGACGAAAUCGCUUCUUGCCCGUUUCGAGUCUUUAAAAGCCGAACGACCGGCCGAAAAGCCAAAACCAAAAGUCAACAGAUUUGUGCAACAAUCGGAGAGCAUCGUGCUGUGCGAAUCGUGCGAGAAGAAGGUUUACCCAUUGGAAAAAGUGGAAAUCGAAGGCAGACCGUUUCACCGGACGUGUUUUAAAUGCACUCAAUGUCAAUGUGUUCUACGUAUGGACACGUUCACAUGGAAUAAUAACAAGCUGUAUUGUCUGCCACAUUUCAAACGGCUGUUCAUAUCAAAAGGAAAUUACGAUGAAGGUUUUGGCGGCAAUCAACACAAAAAGAAAUGGGAAACCAACGGACACCACGCACCGCAGCCGCAAGUCGUAGACAGACCAUCCAAUUAAUAUUAAUGUUAUAAAUGACAAUUAUUAUAUAAAUGUAAAGAAAAACAAUUUAAUAAUUAUUAUAAUAAUAUUAAAAAAAAAAGAAUUAGAACCAAUCUUAAACGAUAAUUGAUGUUAUUAUAAAGAGAAAAAAAAUUAAAAUGUGAUCGUGAAAUGUUGAAUUUCAAAGUAUAAAACUGAAUAUUAUUAUUAAAUGAUGUGUAUGCUUUUCGUAUUGCUACUGCGAACUAUUUAUUUUUUUAUUCGUCCAAUUGGUCAAUAUUACCGAAAUUAUUAAUGAAUUAUACUUACAUAUAUGUAUUUUUUUUUUUUUUUGUAUAAUUUAUUAUUUUUUAUUAUUUUUAGUAUUUUAUUUAAUUGUGUAUGCAUAAAAAUGUGGAAAUAAAAAUAUAACGAUACAAUCGUUCUAUUUAUUUUGUGUUUGUUGUUUAUAUAAGUACAUAAUUUAAUAGUCGUAACCCGAUAUGAAUCAGCUAGUUUCUAGCAAAACAACAUUAAAUCGAUUGCAACUUAAGCGUCAUAGUUAAA